AGGAAAUAUCUCUCCACUCUGGAGGCAUCCCUGACACGGGAUCCACUUUACGCUGCCUUUUUGCUGAGCAACACUUAAUUUGGACUUGSGUGAAGUGCUGAGCCCACCCACUGGCCCCCAGCCUCAGCAGGCUGAAUCAUAUUUAAGGAGGCCCUCACACCCUGGCCCCCGAAUCCCAGAGGAAACUCCAGCCCACUGGUUACAGCUUGAAGGCCAACACAACAGACCAAACAUGUGUGACGAUGAUGAGACCACCGCACUGGUGUGCGACAACGGUUCUGGUUUGGUCAAGGCGGGGUUUGCUGGUGAUGAUGCCCCCCGCGCRGUCUUUCCGUCCAUUGUUGGACGCCCCCGUCACCAGGGUGUGAUGGUGGGUAUGGGUCAGAAGGACAGCUACGUGGGAGAUGAGGCCCAGAGCAAGAGGGGCAUCCUGACUCUGAAGUACCCGAUUGAGCAUGGCAUUAUCACCAACUGGGAUGACAUGGAGAAGAUCUGGCAUCACACUUUCUACAAUGAGCUCCGUGUGGCUCCAGAGGAGCAUCCCACCCUGCUGACUGAAGCCCCUCUCAACCCAAAAGCCAACAGAGAGAAGAUGACUCAGAUCAUGUUUGAAACCUUCAAUGUCCCUGCCAUGUACGUUGCCAUCCAGGCUGUCCUGUCCCUCUAUGCCUCUGGACGUACCACUGGUAUUGUACUGGACUCUGGGGAUGGUGUGACACACAACGUACCAAUCUAUGAGGGUUACGCUCUGCCGCACGCCAUCAUGCGUCUUGAUCUGGCUGGCCGGGACCUCACUGACUAUCUGAUGAAAAUCCUAACUGAGCGUGGCUACUCUUUUGUCACCACAGGUACUAUAGUUUUACCAAUUAUAAAAGUAAAACUAAAAUAUUACUCUGAAAUGCAUWUAGUAUUAGCAAGUCGCUUACUGGAAAAAGACUUCGAAAUUUCUGACUUUCAAAAGUUAAAAAUUUUCAGCUUUAGAAACUCAGAAAGUUUUUUUAAAUUUUCUUUCUCAGGUAUGGAAUCUGCUGGCAUCCAUGAAACUGCUUACAACAGCAUCAUGAAGUGUGACAUUGACAUUCGUAAGGACCUUUACGCCAACAACGUGUUGUCUGGUGGAACCACCAUGUACCCUGGUAUUGCCGACCGUAUGCAGAAGGAAAUCACCGCCUUGGCCCCGAGCACCAUGAAAAUCAAGAUCAUUGCUCCUCCUGAGAGGAAAUAUUCGGUUUGGAUCGGUGGCUCCAUCUUGGCGUCUCUGUCCACUUUCCAGCAGAUGUGGAUCAGCAAGCAGGAGUAUGAUGAGGCUGGCCCCUCCAUCGUCCACAGGAAGUGCUUCUAAAUCGCCAAUCAGAACCAGAACCAGAAUCAGAACCAACAACCAAACUAGCUUACUUUCCAUAACUUUAUUUCUACUGUGUCUUGUGAUGUAUAUACAUGUACUGUUGUAAUAAUAAAUAGUUUUUUAAAAUGCAA